AUGAAAGAGCAAGAGGAGAUCCAACUACCUAAGCAGGAAACAAUAUGGGAGAAUCAGCCAAGCACAAGCCGUAUAAACGUUUUUUGGGUGAUUGAAAAUGAGCAACGUCUGCAACAUGGGCUGAAGACGGAAAGAUGUAAUAGCAAUGAUUUAGAAGAGCCAGAAAGUUCAGUCCCUCAAGAAGAGAGGAAAAACGUGAAAACAGUAAGACAAAGCGUUAAGGAGAUCAUGCUACACUCAAGACAACACUUUAAUCUACAGCAGUUGUCAAUAGGUCCUAUUCAUGCUGCUAAGUCGGGUUUCUUCAACGCAAAACUCAAGAUUAAAUUGGCUGAACAUUUUAUUAAUAUUAGCGGCAGAACGAAGGAUAUUUUACUCAGAGGAAUCAAGGAAAAGGCCGAGGAAAUAAAGAAGUACUUCCAUAAGGACGCAAUUAUGUUGUAUGCUGUUGAAGAACAUUAUAAUGAUGACGAAUUGAUAAUAUUGGUGUACUUUGAUGGGUGCGCAAUCCUAGGGUUCAUAGACGCCUAUGUGAAUCAGAAGUUAAACAUGUUUGACAUUAGUCCUGGUGAAGCAGCAUCGAUCCAAGAGGAUUUGUUCCUGCUAGAGAACCAAAUACCCUUUAUAGUCCUUGAGAGCUUAAUGGGCGUCCAAACAGAAUCGGGAAAUAAAGAUUUGGUACUCGACUUUUGCAGAUUUAUUGCUCUUAUGGGUAAUAAUCUAGGGGAAUUUACAAAAUUCCUACUUUUGGAUUCUGUUCACAAACAUCCAUUACACAUUCUUGACCUUCUGCGAGAAGUACAAUUACUUGAUAACCCUAAUUGUUUUCAUCAGAACGAGUGCAUGCCAACUUAUCUCAUUCGUCGUCUUUUCUCGCUUUUAUGUUAUUGUGCUUGUGGAGCAGUGGCAUUUAUUAGUUGGAUCUUGAAGCGGUUCAAUAAACCAGAGAGUCUCCCUCAAUAUUCGAGAGUCCCCUUUCUUAAUGUUCAGGAACUUAAAAAUGCAGGGAUAGAGUUCAAGCCAAGUGAUUCUUUAAAAUCUAUAUCUUUCCAUUCUUCAUUCUUUACCACAGCUCAACUUAAGCUUCCCAGAUUGGUUCUAGACAAUGUGACGGUGAAAAUGUUGUUCAACUUCGCCGCCUAUGAGAUGUGCUUGUCUGAGUCUCAUCGAAAUCAAGAACCUUGGUUAAUUUCUUACAUGAAAUUGCUAGAGUCGCUUGUUGACGAUGAAAAUGAUGUUAAGGACUUAAAAGCUGCGGACAUUCUUCAGACCGGCCACAUUAGCGAUGCUGAUGUGGCUAAUUUGAUCAACGGCAUGGGCUCUAAAUUAUUACCACCAGCCAUAGACACUUAUGCACGUGUCAAGAAAAAAAUAGGAAUGCAUUGCAGGAGUAGGAGCAGAAGAAGGUGUGCGCUCUGGAUUGCUCAGGUCUACAAUACUCAUUUUAGAAACCCAUGGACUAUUCUGGCUCUGUUUGCUGCGAUUGCGGUACUUGUAUUAACUUUUGUUCAAACUUGGUAUGCAGUCAAUCCAAAAAAUUGA